UCGGUGAGCUGAUCUGGAUUCAGUGCGUGUUGAAAAUUCACCGCUGCAGCAUGGACCUCAACAACACCAUCUACUUUGGACCGGGACCCGCUAAACUGCCCCGAUCCGUAUUGCUGCAAGCACAGAAGGAGCUGAUCAACUACAGCGGUGUGGGCAUCAGCGUUCUUGAGAUGAGUCAUCGCUCAUCAGACUUCGGCAACAUCUUGCAGAAAGCGCAGAACCUCCUGCGUGAGCUAUUAAAUAUACCUGAUAACUACAAGGUGUUGUUCCUACAAGGGGGUGGGAGUGGACAGUUCAGCGCAGUUCCUCUCAACCUGAUUAGUCUGAAGGAGAACAGGUGUGCAGAUUACGUGGUGACAGGAACGUGGUCAGCAAAAGCUGCAAAAGAAGCAGAGAAAUACGGCAAAGUCAACAUAGUCCAUCCUAAACUGGAUAGUUACACAAGAAUCCCCGACCCCAGCAGCUGGACUCUGAACCCUGCUGCCUCCUACGUGUACUACUGCUCGAAUGAGACAGUCCAUGGUGUCGAGUUCAACUUUACGCCUGAAACACACGGUGUGGUACUGGUCAGUGAUAUGUCCUCCAACUUCCUGUCCAGACCCGUGGAUGUGUCCAAGUUUGGGCUGAUUUAUGCGGGUGCUCAGAAGAAUGCGGGCUGUGCCGGUGUGACUGUAGUCAUCGUCAGGGAGGACUUGCUGGGCCACGCCUUGAAAGAGUGCCCCAUUGUCCUGGACUACAAGGUGCAGGCUGAAAUGAACUCCCUGUACAACACACCACCUUGUUUCAGUAUCUACAUCAUGUGUCUGGUUCUGGAGUGGGUCAAGAACAAUGGUGGAACCGCUGCCAUGGAGAUGCUCAGCAAGCAGAAGUCCUCCAUGAUUUAUGACAUUAUCAAUUCCUCUAAUUGCUUCUACAUCAGUCCAGUGGACGCAGCGUGUCGGAGUUGCAUAAAUAUACCAUUUCGUGUUGGAAAGGCCGGCGGAGAUGAUGUCUUAGAAAAAGAGUUUCUGGAUGGUGCUUCGAAACGUGGAAUGAUUUCACUGAAAGGACACAGGUUAGUUGGAGGAAUUCGUGUGUCUCUGUACAACGCUGUAACACUGGAGGAGACUGAAGCUUUGGCGAGUUACAUGAAAGAGUUUCUGAAAGAACACCAGUGAAAACAGCCCAUUGUCAGGCCAAGAUGUGAUGUAGUGAACCUGGUUAACCUCCCGAUUCAGAUUCCUGUCAGAUCCGUACAUUGCACUUUUAAAAAUCAUUCCUAAUAAGGUGUAACCACUAAUAACAUUGCUUCUCUGUUCUACGUAGAAUUAAUUUUUUUAAGGAUUAUGUUGAUUAGCUGUGCUUUACUGGGAAUGCAGCGUUCUGGGUAGCUGUUUAAAAAAUAUUUCCAAAAAAGUAAAUAUAACUUGCCAAUA